UGAGGAACUUGCUGUUUUUUCUUUUUCCGAAUUUGCGUUUGAUAAAUCGUUCGGUUCAAACGGUGAAGUAUUUCUGCAGGAAAAAGAAUCCUGAAUCAAGAGCAGAAAUGCAGCUACCAGUAAAAUUAGCUAUUGGAUCUCUCAGUGCCCUGUUUUUGAUCAUUAUUCUUGGUUUUGUAUCUUUUCCGAAGUUGAUAUCCUCCAAAGUAAAAGGGAUGAUAAAUUUGGGACCGGGUACUGACAUAAGAGGCAUGUUCCUGAAGGUACCCUUCGCACUGACAUUUCGGAUAUACAUUUUCAAUGUAACAAAUCCAGAGAGAAUACAAAUGGGAGAGAUUCCAAUACUGAAGGAAGUGGGUCCAUUUUGUUAUGAGGAAUGGAAAGAAAAGAUGAACGUUGAAGACGUGGAAAUAAAUGACACAAUAUCUUAUAAUCCGAAAGAUACUUUUCUGAAGAAGCGAUGGCCAGGUUGUAAGACAGGACAAGAAGAAAUAACUGUACCACAUCCAAUGAUCCUAGGUGUUGUCAAUACUGUGAUGAGGCAGAAACCAGGAGCAUUAUCGUUGGUCAACAAAGCAAUGAAAUCCAUCUAUGCCAACCCCACUUCGAUAUUUCUGACUACUACAGCUGAUAACAUCCUUUUUGAUGGUAUCAGCAUCAACUGUAACGUGAGCGACUUUGCGGGCAAAGCCAUGUGUUCACAAUUGAAGGCAUCUAAUACGAUUAAACAAAUCAGUGAUGAGGAGCUCUCGUUUUCCCUCUUAGGGCCAAAAAAUGCUACGUUACAACCACGAAUCAAAGCUUACAGAGGAACAAAGAUAUAUCAGGAUGUUGGCAGAAUCGUAGAAUAUGCCGGAUCAUCUAAACUAGACAUUUGGUCAACAGAAAAAUGUAAUGAAAUAAAGGGUACGGAUGGAACCAUAUUUCCACCAUUUCUUGAGAAAGAACAGGGACUCAUGUCAUAUUCUCCAGAUCUAUGCAGAUCUCUUGGAGCAUAUUUUGUGAAAGAUGCUAAAUACGACGGCAUUCCUUGUGGAGAAUACACGGCAACUUUUGGUGACAUGUCUUCAAAUGAGGACGAGAAGUGCUAUUGCCCAACGAUAGAUUCCUGCCUGAAGAAGGGAAUUAUGGACCUCUAUAAAUGUACAGGUAUUCCAUUGUACGCUUCUCUGCCCCAUUUCUACGGAGCAGAUCAGAGUUAUUCCAAUGGAGUGAAAGGAUUAACUCCAAAUAAAACUAAACACGAAAUCAAGAUUUUGUUCGAGUCAACCACUGGCAGUCCAUUAUAUGCAAAAAAACGAAUACAAUUCAGUAUGCCUCUGGAACCGGUUCAAAAAGUUGAGCUAUUCAAUAACUUCACAGCUACGACAUUUCCAGUUUUUUGGGUUGAAGAAGGAGUUGAACUAAACAAAACAUAUACAGGUCAACUCAAGAGUCUCUUUCUAUUGAAGAAAGUAGUAGGAGUGAGUAGUUGGAUGAUACUGUUAGCUUCUCUAGCAGGCCUGGCUGCAGCGGGAUAUAUGUUCUACAAAAACAAUGGCAAAACGGAGAUCACGCCAAUUCAUGAAGUCAAGAAAAAUGGCAUAUCAACAAUCAACGGGUUGGAAGGACAUGUCAAUCAUGGAAUGUCAGAAAAUGAUUUGAAUAAAUAUUAGAGCAUCCUAGACUACUCAUUUGAUGUCUGUUAUAAUACGAAUUCAUUCUUGGAAUACUCUUGAUGAAUUCAUCUUAGUGGUGCCCGCGAGAGUCUCGUUUUCGAGAGUCUCGCAUGGUCUCGUCUCGUUUUCGAGACAGACAAGACUCGAGACGAGACUCGUACAAGACGAGACAAGACUUUUAGUGGUCUCGUCUCGAGUCUCGUGCAGGACUUCUCGUGUCUCGUGCGAGAGUCUCGCAGGUCAAUAUUUCUGCUGACUUGAGAAUUUCAUUC